AUGAAGGCUGCACGUGCCAGUUGUGAAGGUUACCUCACCUUUCGUACGAGUCCAUCAUCACCUCCACCCAUGCUACGUCGUUACUGCUUCCUUGUAGGCACUUCGUUCCAUUACUAUAGCACACAGGAGGAUGCAUAUCACAUGUUGCGGAUCAAGGGCGAAGUGGACGUACUGGGCGUGCAGGAGUGGGACGGUAAAGGCAAUAUGCACAUUUACCAGUAUGGAUUUCUAUUUGCAACGACACAGAACAAGGUGUUUUACGCCUAUGCAGAUACGGCUAUGGACAAAGAAAAGUGGAUACGAGCAAUUCAAACUGCAGUGGUGACGACGGUACCUCGACUUGCAGCGGCACUUUUCCAGCAUGCGUCACAGGAUGGGGCAAUUUCACCAGUGAGCAAUGUGGCGGUAUCAUCCACUGAGACGGAUGUGACGUGCAAGUGUCCGAACUGCACGCUGUUGACAACCGAAGCAGUCGCUACAGGUCAAACGGCACCGAUUGCAACGAUGAUGCUGUACAAAUGCAACAGCUGCGAUGUGUUGUUUUGUGAUAAGUUUACGACGCAUAAGGUGCCAUUACCGCAGAGAUCAUAUUACUAUGCCAAGCGCGUGUGUGAUGGCUGCUAUGAAGCACAGACUUACAUUAACUAUUUGCGUGCUAUGGUGGAGCGUCUGAAGGCUGGUAUUUGCUUGUAUCCACGUCAGCUAAACCCCGAAGCACCGAUUGAGCUCAUAAUGCCCAAGCGUCCGCUGCAGACGGAGUCAGCGAAGAUUGCUAUCGACUUGCUUGAAGCAAAAGUGAUUACUGCAGAGGAGUGUGAGGAAAUCUUGCUCAAGGAUCGGCGAUUUUAUGACCACACGAUGGAUCAUCCCGAAAUCCCACUCGACCUGAAAAUAUUGGGCCUGCACCGUGAAUUUCGUGCUCGCAGCUUUAGCGUAUACCGCGCAGUUAUCUUGUUGCACCGUCACUUGGAUAGUGAUCCUCUGUUAUUCAAGCCUAUUGUGGAGAAGCUGCUUCACUUUUCGUACACACGUAUUAACCAAGUGGAGUUCUAUUGGCCCCAGAUUGUACACGCGUACUUAUCGAUUCCAAACUUUGAUUUCGAGAAACUCUUUUGGCUGGAUGAACUCAUUUUGUCCGUGUGUUCGCGCUCCAUUCACCUCGCACUGCUGCUUCGAUGGCAACUGCAAGGCGCACUCGAGGACUCUCUAGAUCCGAGAAAACCCAAGGAGAUGCAAGACAAAUACGCACGUGUAGUACGAUUGAUGGUUGAGAUUGAGCGUGAGGUCGCUGGUGUGGAUCGGGCCACUGUGCUCAGCCGUGAUCCACAGCUAGGAGCGUCGCAAGUACACAAACGAAACUUACCGCUGCCCACAGAUGACCAGCUACAGGUUAUUGUAAAGUUGACAGAGGAGAUUGCAGACCAUCGUUGGCAAGCGCAGAGUUCCGCUAAUGGAUGUGGCUCGCCUCCGAGCAGGGAUUUAUUCUUGCAAUUGUCGCCAUCCAUGGUGCAGAAUGGCGUGAGUCGCAGCAAUUCGGCAGAUGCCGAUGUUGACAGCCGAUUCCGCGAUUUUUCGCGCUUCCAACAGCAUCUGCUCACACCAAAGGAAGACUUGAACUCUAUGCUGAUCACGCACCCUACUGGUGAGGACAUAUACGAGCAAGAUGAGCGGUUGUCUAUUCUUGAAGAGGAGGACACUGAUACAAGCAUAUUCAGUGAGUCUAUGCGAUGCAUGAGUCGGACAGACAAGUCCCUGUUGGCGAAGCAUUUCGCUGACGAAUGCGACUUUGUGGAACAGAUCACUGAUAUUGCAGAGACUCUACGUUUCGUACCAUCUAUUAAAGAGCGUAAGGCUCAGUUGCCAUCAUAUUUGGUGAAACUACAUCUUCCGCCCAUGGCGUAUGUGCCGCUUGUGAAGGCUACGGAUCCGUUUGAACGUAUUGUACGAAUACCUACGAAGGAAGGCACUGCAUUCUCGACCAAGGCACGUGUCCCUAUUUUGCUGAUCUUUGAGGUGAUACGCGGCAACCCUUUUGACGAUGACCAAUCAAUCCCAGAGUCGCCGCGUUCUCCUUCGAAGCGAGCUCCAAAUGGCAAUUCUACAUUAGAAUCUUCCGAGGUCAACUAUGUCGAAGAUGACGAGAUUGGGGAACUGAUUGGACACCAAACAAGCGAAGCCUUUGGUGGUGAUUUGGAGGAUGCGGAAGAAGUUGUAGCGGCAGCGGCAAACCCUCCUUCCUUUGCUCCGUAUCAUACCCCAAUGGCCGCGUUUCGCUGUGUGCCUGUACCUCAGACACCAAGCCAUGUUCCUGACAACGUAUCAACGCCAUCAACGACAACUCCGAUGUUGAUGCAACCUAACGAAAAACCAGUUGAUGCAAAUAGUGUACCAAAGGCCGAGGGCACACCAUCAGCAUCGUUUGAAAUGGACCUAGCAACGUGCAACUUGACAGCAGAGGCCAUGGAGCGUGAAAAAGCACGCCGUAGGGAUUUUGAGGCAGCCUUUGGCGAAUCUUGGAGCUCAAAACGCUCAAGACUGAAGGCUACAUCACCCUACGGCCACCUUCCUGGGUGGGACAUUGUGUCCAUGAUUGGCAAGAGCAACGAUGAUCUUCGACAAGAGGUAUUUACUCUGCAAUUGAUUCAGAAGUUUAUUGAAAUCUUCAGGGGCGCGAAUCUUCCUAUGUGGGUAAAGAGAUAUCGAAUCAUCGCUACAAGCUCGUCUACUGGGCUAAUCGAGACUUUGGUCAACGCGAUUUCGCUGGACGGUUUGAAAAAACGUGAAGGCUAUGUUUCCUUGCUUCAUCACUUCGAAAAAUCGUAUGGGCCACCUGACUCGCGUCGGUUUAAGGAAGCUCAGCGGAAGUUCAUUCGAUCGAUGGCAGGGUACUCGCUUGUGUGCUACUUCCUUCAAAUCAAGGAUCGGCAUAACGGCAAUAUCAUGCUGGAUAACGAAGGCCACAUUAUUCAUAUUGACUAUGGCUUUUUGCUUGGAAUCGCGCCAGGUGGGAUGCUGAGCAUCGAGACAGCACCAUUUAAGCUUACAGCCGAGAUGGUGGAAACCAUGGGUGGGCAGGAUUCCGAGGGAUUCAAAGAGUAUGUGACGCUUUGCACGAGAGGUUUCCUUGCAUGUCAACAGCACUGCGACGAAAUAUGUGACCUCGUGGACAUAAUGUCACGUCAAUCGCCGUACCCAUGCUUCCUGGGCAUCGACGCUGAGUAUAUUUUAUUGCGCUUGCGCUCGCGCUUCAAGCUGCUGCUAUCGAAACAAGAGACUGUGGCGCAUGUGCUCGCGAUCAUUCGCAAAAGCAACAACAACUACAGCACUCGUCAAUAUGACAACUUCCAGCGUAUGACGAACGGCAUUCUUCCGUAG